AUGAAAUCGUACGUGUGCUUUGCCCUGAUUGUGAGCCUCAUUGCCUCUGCUAGCUGUGCGCCGCAGUUCGGUGGUUUUGGAGCUUCCGGAUCGGCAGCCAAUGCUGGUGCCCAGUCUUUCAAUCAGGGCGGUGGUUUCGGUGGCUUCGGGGGAAUGUCCGGAUCGGCAGCCAGCGCCGGAUCGCAAUCGUUCACCCAGGGUGGUGGUGGCUUUGGACCACACGGAUUCGGUGGCGGAAUGAGCGGAUCGGCUGCCAGCGCCGGAGCGCAAAGUUUCACCCAGGGAGGUGGCUUCGGACCGCACGGAUUCGGAGGUGGAAUGAGCGGAUCAGCUGCCAACGCCGGAUCGCAAACAUUCAGCAGCGGUUAA